AUGACGCCGGAAGAAAGAAAGAAAAAAAGAUUGGAAGAUUUGAAGCGCAAAAAAUGUGCAUCUUUUGAGAAGAUUCUGGAAGAGGUUAGAGCGGUUGCGAGUUCUAAGGAAGAGGAAGAAAGGCUGCUGAAGGAAAGGAUCGUGAGGGAUUUGGUUGAAUUCCACGCCAGAAAAGCCGCAAAGCGCUUGAUCAAGAGAGAAAACAACGAAGAAGAAAAGGAAAUGCCAAGGGAGUUCAAGAAGCGUAUCAGUGAGAUGGAAGGAACCGACGUCGUGUUGGUGAUACAGAAGCAAUAUCCGCGUAAAACUGGUUUAAGCUGCCUUUCGAUACCGGAGACCGAAACCCGACUGGAUUUUCUCAACGGGAUGGAGAAGAAAGAAUUACAAGUUUGCGACGAAGGUAUCGAGGUUUUACUGAUUGAGCCGUGUCUCGAGGAGUCGAAGGCAUGGCUGAAGAAGCAAAACACUGAGAGCGGCGAUUUGUACGUGUUCGCUUUGAACGGAGUUGUGAUCGGUACGACGGUGCAGCUCUGGUCCUUUCGGAUCAAGGAAACACUCUGUUUUGCGCUUGUUAAGCUCAAUUAG